UCCGCGCCCGGCGCCAGCACAUCCUGUUUUCGUUGGCCGCGCUCUGAUGGUGGUCACUGCCGGACCUCUGGCCACUUCGUAGGGCCGGUCCUCACUCGGCAGCGUGAGGGCUUGGUGCCCCCCUCCUUUGUCCUCUUGACAAGCCUGCGCAUCGUUCCUCAGGGCGCAGAACUUCUGGCGGCCGGCAGCAUGGGCCGGGAGUCUCGCCACUACCGCAAACGAUCGGCAUCGCGAGGACGUUCUGGAAGUCGGUCUAGGAGUCGCUCACCCUCUGACAAAAGAAGUAAACGUGGAGAUGACAGACGUUCUAGGAGUAGAGAGAGAGAUAGAAGGAGAGAGAGGUCUCGGAGUAGGGACAAAAGAAGAUCACGGUCAAGGGACAGGAAGCGCCUGAGGCGUUCCAGAAGUAGAGAACGAGACAGAAGCCGAGAGAGAAGAAGAUCUCGGAGCCGAGACAGGAGGCGCUCAAGGAGUAGAAGCCGGGGUCGGCGAUCCCGGUCCUCCAGUCCUGGCAGCAAAAGCAAGAAGGCUGAGAACAGGUCUAGGUCCAAAGAGAAGGCAGAAGGUGGGGACAGUUCCAAAGAGAAGAAGAAAGACAAAGAUGACAAGGAGGAUGAGAAGGAGAAGGAUGCUGGGAACUUUGACCAGAAUAAACUGGAGGAAGAAAUGAGAAAACGAAAAGAAAGAGUUGAAAAAUGGCGAGAAGAACAGCGUAAAAAGGCCAUGGAAAACAUAGGGGAACUGAAAAAGGAAAUUGAAGAAAUGAAACAAGGGAAAAAGUGGAGUUUAGAAGAUGACGAUGACGAUGAAGACGACCCUGCAGAAGCCGAAAAGGAAGGGAAUGAAAUGGAGGGUGAGGAGUUGGACCCAUUAGAUGCCUACAUGGAAGAAGUGAAAGAAGAAGUGAAGAAGUUUAACAUGCGGAGCGUGAAAGGCGCAGGAAAUGAAAAGAAGUCUGGGCCAACAGUCACAAAAGUUGUCACUGUGGUAACAACCAAAAAAGCAGUAGUAGAUGCUGAUAAGAAGAAGGGAGAGCUGAUGGAGAAUGACCAGGAUGCCAUGGAGUAUUCUUCAGAGGAGGAGGAAGUUGAUCUUCAGACGGCCCUCACAGGCUACCAGACAAAACAGAGAAAACUUCUAGAACCAGUUGAUCAUGGAAAAAUUGAAUAUGAACCAUUCAGAAAAAAUUUUUAUGUUGAAGUUCCAGAACUGGCAAAAAUGUCUCAGGAGGAGGUGAAUGUGUUUCGAUUGGAGAUGGAGGGCAUUACAGUUAAAGGAAAAGGUUGUCCCAAACCAAUUAAAUCAUGGGUCCAGUGUGGAAUUUCCAUGAAGAUAUUAAAUUCCCUCAAAAAGCAUGGCUAUGAGAAGCCCACACCAAUCCAGACUCAAGCAAUUCCUGCUAUAAUGUCUGGACGAGAUUUGAUUGGCAUUGCCAAGACAGGAAGUGGAAAAACCAUUGCCUUUCUUUUGCCCAUGUUUAGACACAUCAUGGAUCAGAGAUCAUUAGAAGAAGGAGAGGGGCCAAUAGCUGUCAUCAUGACUCCAACUCGAGAACUGGCUUUACAAAUCACUAAGGAAUGUAAGAAGUUUUCCAAGACCUUGGGACUCAGAGUGGUCUGUGUGUAUGGAGGGACAGGAAUCAGCGAGCAGAUUGCUGAGCUGAAAAGAGGUGCUGAAAUUAUUGUCUGCACACCUGGUCGGAUGAUUGACAUGUUAGCCGCCAACAGUGGUCGGGUCACAAACCUUCGAAGAGUGACUUAUGUAGUUUUAGAUGAAGCAGACAGAAUGUUUGACAUGGGUUUCGAACCACAGGUUAUGCGCAUUGUGGAUAAUGUUCGUCCUGACCGACAGACAGUUAUGUUUUCAGCUACUUUCCCUAGAGCUAUGGAGGCUUUGGCCCGAAGGAUCCUGAGCAAGCCCAUUGAAGUUCAGGUUGGAGGCAGGAGUGUGGUUUGCUCAGAUGUGGAACAACAAGUGAUUGUGAUUGAAGAAGAAAAGAAAUUCUUGAAAUUACUUGAGCUUUUAGGCCAUUAUCAGGAGUCAGGAUCUGUCAUUAUAUUUGUGGAUAAGCAAGAACAUGCUGAUGGUCUUCUGAAGGACUUAAUGAGAGCAUCUUACCCUUGCAUGUCUCUUCACGGAGGUAUUGAUCAAUAUGACAGGGACAGCAUCAUAAAUGACUUUAAAAAUGGAACCUGCAAACUCCUCGUGGCCACGUCUGUUGCUGCUCGAGGUCUAGAUGUGAAACAUCUAAUUCUUGUAGUAAAUUACAGCUGCCCCAACCAUUAUGAGGACUAUGUGCACAGAGCUGGACGGACUGGAAGGGCAGGUAACAAAGGUUAUGCCUACACUUUCAUCACAGAGGAUCAAGCUCGCUAUGCUGGUGACAUAAUUAAAGCUCUUGAAUUGUCAGGGACGGCGGUGCCUCCUGACCUGGAAAAACUCUGGAGUGACUUCAAAGACCAGCAGAAAGCAGAAGGAAAAAUUAUCAAAAAGAGUAGUGGUUUCUCUGGCAAGGGAUUCAAGUUCGAUGAAACAGAGCAGGCUUUAGCCAACGAGAGGAAGAAGUUACAGAAAGCUGCUCUUGGCCUGCAGGACUCAGAUGAUGAGGAUGCAGCAGUCGAUAUUGAUGAACAAAUUGAAAGCAUGUUUAAUUCAAAGAAGAGAGUAAAGGACAUGGCUGCACCCGGCACAUCUAGUGUGCCUGCCCCAACUGCAGGCAACGCUGAGAAGCUAGAGAUCGCCAAGAGGCUGGCUCUUCGGAUCAAUGCUCAGAAGAACCUGGGCAUCGAGUCUCAGGAUGUGAUGCAGCAAGCCACCAAUGCCAUCCUCAGAGGGGGAACCAUUCUGGCUCCCACGGUGUCGGCAAAAACCAUCGCAGAACAACUUGCUGAAAAGAUCAAUGCCAAGCUCAAUUACGUGCCUUUGGAGAAACAGGAGGAGGAGAGACAGGAGGGUGGCCAGAGCGAAUCUUUCAAGAGAUAUGAGGAAGAGUUAGAAAUUAAUGACUUCCCACAGACGGCGCGGUGGAAGGUCACCUCCAAGGAGGCCCUGCAGAGAAUCAGUGAGUACUCUGAAGCCGCCAUCACAAUCAGAGGAACCUACUUCCCUCCUGGCAAAGAGCCCAAAGAAGGAGAGCGCAAGAUUUACUUGGCGAUUGAGAGUGCCAACGAACUGGCUGUGCAGAAAGCGAAGGCAGAAAUCACCAGGCUCAUAAAAGAAGAACUGAUCCGACUGCAAAAUUCGUAUCAACCAACCAACAAAGGACGAUACAAAGUAUUAUAAACAUCGUGAAGCCACUUUGUACCUGUGCUGGUCUGUGAAGUUUACAAUGUAUUGUAAAGUAAGACUUUGAAAAUUCUGUCUUGCUUAUUUUUUAAAUACAAGAAACCAGUGUUUGUUACAGAAAUUGUCUGUCAGUAAGUACUGCCCCACACUGAUCCAAACUCCAUUUCAAUCAGACCUGUUCUCAGAGUGUGAUGUUCUUAAUGUAAACCUUAGAUACCAAUACUUUAAGUGUCUGGAAACAUUGGGGUUUUGUGUUGAAUGUAGUAAUAAAGUAUGUCAGUCACUAAGGGGCCACUGACCUCUCCUCUUUUACUGAAAUUGUGAUGUGAUCAGCUCCUAAGAAAAGAGAGAAGUCCUUGUCAUAUUUUAUUGCCACCUUUUAAGCUCAAAUCUUAUUUGACUGAAUGGAACAUGUGAACUGGAUCUAAGAAUGUUAUAGUAGACGUUUACAAAAUAGGUUCAGAGUUUUUUUAAUUUUAUCUUCAGAAAUAAGUAGUAGUUGGUUUGCCUUUGGUUUUGUAAAAUUAAACAUAAGCAGCACUAUGGGAUUUUUGCAUUUCUUUCCCUUUUCUUCCUCAUUUAAGAGAGUCCCUGUAUAGCUUAGGCUGGCCUUGAACUUGUGACCCUCCUGCAUCUGCCUUUGUAGUGCUUGGGAUCACCACACUCAGCUUCCCACUUCUUUCCACUGCAGUAGAAAGGUUUGUUCUUAACCUCUGAUUGCCUAAGUGCUAAUUCGUUUCUUGCUUACUUUUAGAGAAAGUGAUUGUGGCCAAUACAUACUAAAUAUUUUUCCUUUUCCUCUAAAGUGUUUAGACAUUUAUAUUACAUACAAACACCUUAUUACUUUUAAUCCAAUUUCCCUUCAGGAUGGUUGAGUAAGUUGUGAAUUUUUCCCUCUUAAAACAAGGCAGGUAUGAAUGCCUGUCAUCCUAGCACCCAAGAGGCAGGGGCAGAAAGAUCAUGAAUUUGAGGCCAUCCAGGGCUUACAUGAUGAAGCCUUACAGAAAGCAGAGGCAGGCAGAUUUCUGGGAGUUCAAGGUCAGCGGUCAGCCUCAUUUACGGAACUAAUUCCAGAACAGCCGAGGCUACACAAUAAACCCUGUCUUGAAAAAACAAAAAAAAAAACCCAAAAACCCAGCAACAAACAAGGCUGAGGAUAUGGAUCAGUGAGGAUAUAGGUCAGUGGUAAUGCACUUUCCUAAGCGUGCCCAAGGUCUCACUCAAGAAAAAAACAAAACAUUUUUGUUAAGUGCUGGUACUGAGGCAGAUGAAAUGACUCAGUGGGUAAGUUUCUUUCUACCAAGUUUGGUCACCUGAAUUCGAUCAAUCCUGUGAUCCACUUAGCAGGAAAUGUAAGUUGUUCUUUGAUAUACAUCAUGUAUGCGUAUGUACAUAUGCACAUGCUCACACACUCACAAAUGUAGUAAAAGAAACAAAUUACAUUAAAUACUGGUAUUUAAGUUUCAGACUACAGACUCUCUUAGUAAAAUUUAGUGCACAAAAACUCAAGAAUUAUACUUUAGAGCCUUUAGGGUCUGAUUCUGAAUGGUAUGAUUCGAUUACCUAAAACUACUUUCAAGACUCCCAAUACAUGAAAACUUCAUAUUGUCAUCAGAAAAGAAAAGCUUUAUCAGCUAUUAAAUAAAUAUUUAUUUAAGAGAUAGAAAAGUUCUUUAAGCAUUCUUGAUUUAUACCAGGUGUGGUGGUCCACACUUGUAAUCCCAGCCUUCAGGAGGCAGGGGCAGGAUGAUCCCUGGGUUCAAGACCAACCUGUUCUACAUCGUGAGUUUCAGGCCAGCCAGUACUACACAGUGAGACCCUGUCUUAUAAAAAGAGAACAAACAAAUACAUAUGUAUAUAUUCUUGAUUUAGAAGUUUUAAAGUCAGAGUAUACUAGAGUUGUUAAAAGAAUUAAUUUUAAGUCUAGAGAGGUAAUCCACUAAGUAAGAGCGCCUGGUGCUCUUGUAGAGGACCCAGGUUCAGAUCCUGUACCCACAUGGCAGCUAAUAGUUAUCUGUUAUCCUAGUGAAUAAAUCUAAAGAACAAUCAAAAUUUUUAACAUAGUUAAUAGCCAUGUUGACAGAUGAGUAUUCUGUUUGUUAAGUGUAUUUGUACUGGAAAGGUAAAAUGGAAUUGGGAAAUGUUUUUAGACCUUCACAUAUCCAGUUACUUCUCUUGAAGGACGUAGAGGAAAAUACCUGUAACCAUAUAAUGAAACAAAACUUUGGACUAGAAUUCUGGUCAUCAGUACUUCUUCCCGCCUUAGUUAUUAUCACCCAGGUGUAGUUUGUUACUUUACAAAAUAUAUGGCAGUCACACUAGUUCAAUGGUGCUCCCUGAAACUCACUGGAUCCCUUUGAGACUCAGAAGUUACAUUAUUUCAAAUUUUCUGUUUGUGGCUCUAGUUGUGAAGAAACACUGAUAGUAUUUUGUUCUAAAAUGAAAUAUUGCUUAGUACAUUUUUUUAGUGUCAACACUGACUGAUUUUUAAAGUUUGAAUGAUGUACAGAUUUUGUUUUUUAAUGCAAUAUCAAUAUUUGCUGAAGCUCUCUAAAUUCCUUACAGAAUAAAGUUAAUUCAGUCUGCA